AUGGAGAAUUCCCCACCACCAGCACCAGCAGCGGCAGCGCAGGCGACGCGGCCCGAUCCCGUCCACCGCCCAGAGGACCCCGCGCCGAUGCGGCCAUCGUCGCCGCUGCGCCCGCCUGUCGCGUUCCCGACGCUGGACUCGCUGGCGGCGUUCCUCCGGCCGCGGCUCCCUCCGGGGGCGCUUGCGUCCUGGGGCGCCGUGCCGGGGACCAAGACCCUGGCGAACCUGUUCCUGGAGCUCGCCGUGGGCGACUGCGCGCUGCACGCCCCCACAGACGCCGCCCCACCGCCGGCGCCGCGGGUGGUCCGCGCGGUGCACGUGGCCACGGUCCGCAUCCGCAACAGCCGCGGCGCGCGGCUCGUGGAGACCCGGCAGCUGCUCUCCGACGGCACGGUCCGGCGGCGCGGCCCGCGGCCGCUGUCCGAGAAGAUGCGACCCGGCGAGUCCCCCGAGGCCGCCGCGGCGCGCGCCGUCCGGGAGGAGCUCGGCGCCCGCGCCCACGUCCGGAUCCUCGGCGGGGACGGCGCGCGCGUGGAGGAGCGGGAGUCCGCGUCCUACCCGGGCCUCCCCGCCCGCUACGUGCUCCACGCGGUCGACGCCGAGGUGGUGGACGGCGUGCCCGAGGACGGGGAGUUCGAGACCGAGGAGACCGGCGAGGACGACGGGGACGCCGGCGCCGGCGCCAUCACCGUGAAGCGCCACUACUGGGAUUGGAUCGACGACGACGACGACGACGGUGACAGUGAGCGCAAGGAGGUUGCUGCUGCCGGCGCGCGCGCGCACUAG